CUGGAGCAGCAGAAGGCGGGUCUGAGGGGGGAGUUGGACCAGUGGAUGCUGCACAAGCGUGCGUGUGAGGAGGUCGGCGGGUUCCUGAUGGAGGGCCGAUACUCUUUGUCCCGCCUGCGGCUCCUCACCGGGUCCCUGGGGGCCGUGCAGACACAGGUGGAGAGUCUGGAGGCCCUGCAGGGGGAGCUAGAGGCCCCAGAGGGGAGUCUCACCCUGACCCUGGCCAAACUCACCUCCACCACCCAGCUGCUGCUCCGCACGUGCCACCCGUGUGUGUCCGAUACACUCACACACACACUCACCGACAUCACACUCAGGUGGAACGGGCUGCUGGAGCAGGUCUGUGAUCAGUGUCGGAGCAGUAAGGCGCUGCGGCUGCAGUGGCGGCGCUACCAGGAGCUGCACACACACACACACUCCGCCGUCCGCCGCCACGAGGAGGAGGCACGCCGCCUGCUCACGAGCGCCUCCGAGAGGGACGUCACGGGAGAGGAGGUGGCCGUCUGGAUCCAGAACUGCUGUGACCUGCUGGCUGUGCAGGAGUCGGUCCAGGCCAGUUUACAGGAGUUUGAGGGCGUGGCGGAGCAGCUGAGGAAACAGGUGGACCCCUGCGCCAUGGCAACCUUCCACUCCGACCACCUGUCACUCACACAGCGCCUAGCAACAGUGGAGCAUGCCCUCUGCAGGCAGCAGUCGGUACUGCAGUGCUGGACUCAGGAGUCGGAGGGUUUCGUGGAGCAGCUCGACUCACUGACCCAGCUGUGUGAAGAGGCAGAACAGGUUCUGAGGGACCUGGACCUGGCCGGACCUCCAGAACCAACCGCCAUCCAGGACCGCAUGGGGAAACUGAAGACUCUGAUGCUGAACCUGAGCAGCUGGUCUCCUGAUGUGGAGCGUCUGAAUGACCUGGGCUACAGACUGCCUCUCAGCGACCACCAGCGCAAACACCUGCAGGGCCUCAACCGCACCUGGAACACACUCUCUGCACACACGAUAGAGAGAUACAGUAAGCUCCAGGCGACCCACCUGCAGCGGCUGAGCUUCCUGGAGAAGUGUGAGGCGUGGCUGGACUUCCUGUCGUGCUCAGAGGAGAGGCUGGCCGUGGAGAUCUCAGGGAACCAUCACAGCCUGCUGCAACAGCAGAAAGACCACAAGCUCUUCCAGGCGGAGAUGUUCAGUCGACAGCAGAUUCUCUACUCUAUCACCUCCGAUGGGCAUAGACUACUGAACCAGAAAGACAGUGAGGACUUUGGCCUGAAGGUGGCGCUGCUGAGUCACCAGUGGCAGGGCGUGGUGCGCGGGGCACAGCAGCGGCAGGGCGUCAUCGACAGCCUCCUGCGCCAGUGGGAGCACUACCGCCACCUGCUGGCCAAGCUCCUGCGCUGGCUGGACGAGGCCGCGCUGCAUCCCCACACCGGACAGCAGGGGGCGCCAGUCGCACUGCAGCAGGCACGCCGCACACUCGACCACAUCCAGUUGAAGGAGCGCCUCCUGCAGCGGCAACAGAGCAGCUACAUCCUGGUGGUGGAGGCGGGGCGGACGCUGCUCCUGUCGGUGGACUCGCGGGCGGAGGCGUCGCUGCAGGCGGAGCUCUCGGACGUGCAGGAGCGCUGGAGGAACGCCAUCCUCAGGCUGGACGAGAGGAAGAAGGAUCUGCACACGCUGCUGAAGGUCAGGAACGUGUGUGUGUGUGUGUGUGUGUGUGUGUGUGUGUGA